AUGGCAACAAAAAAGCCAAUCUUUGACUUGGAAGGAAAUAUUUUAGACCAAUGCACUAGAUUGGUGGACAAGAAGAAAACUUUGAAUGAGUUAUGGUCUGAGAUCUAUAGUUGUGUAAGUGUGGCUGAGCAAAAUGAAGAAGAUCUCACUGAACUUGUUAAAAACCUUCGCGAUUUGAGAUUGGAGAUGGAGGCCAAAAAGAGUGCAAACAACACUCGUAGCAAAACACAAGACAUAGAGCUCCUAAUUGGAUCAGUGGCGCCUAGUGAAAUAACCAUCAAACCUCCAAAGAUAUCAAGUAACAAGGGUAGUGGCACUAGAAGUGGAAAAAGGAUAAAGGGAGAGAGAGAGAAGGCCAUUGAGCAACAUCAAAAGAAAAAGAGGCUAUGUAGCGCUUGCGGAGAGCUUGGAUACCAUGACCUUCGGAAUUGCCCGUCAAAGAUAUCUUCAUGA